AUGACAAAACCUUCUGCUGCUGAUGCUGCCAAAGCCUUAGAAUUUAAGAACCGAGGCAAUGAUGCCAUCAAAACCCAGGACUACCCAGGUGCCAUUGAAUUAUAUACUGAAGCUAUUAAGUUAGAUGAUACUGUUUCAAUUUAUUUUUCAAACAGGGCUAUGGGCCAUUUGAAAAUGGAUAAUUUUCAAAGCGGUAUCAAUGAUUGUGAUAAGGCGUUAGAGAUAGACCCAAAAAAUAUUAAAGCUUAUCACAGACGUGGUAUGUCAUAUAUUGGGCUAUUAGAGUUUAAAAAUGCACAGAAGGAUUUGAAAAUUGUUUUAGCUUCUAAACCAAAUGAUGCAACUGCUAAGAGAGGCUUAGACGUAUGUGAAAAAUUUAUUCGUGAAGAAAGAUUUAAGAAAGCCAUAGGUGGUGAAGAACAGCAGAAGGUUAAUCUUUAUUUAACUCUAAAUUUAGAAACUUUUGAUUCUAAUGCUGAUUUAACCAACUGGACUGGGCCAAAAUUAGAUAUUAAGCAAUUAACAGAUAAGAAUGGCAAACCUGCAGGUGCAGAAGUCACAAAUAUGUCUGAAGAAUUUAUUGGGACAAUGGUCGAAGAAUAUUUCAUCAAGAGUCAUACAAUGCCAAAAAAAUAUGCUGCCUCUAUUAUUUCACACGCUGCUAGAUUGUUUAGAGAAGAGCCAUCGUUAGUGGAGUUAUCUAAUGUUGAAACUCCAGAAAAGAAAAUUUCUGUUUGUGGUGAUACACACGGUCAAUUUUUCGAUGUUUUAAACAUCUUUAAGAAGUAUGGUAAAGUCAGCUUAGACCAUACCUAUUUAUUUAAUGGUGAUUUUGUUGAUCGUGGUUCAUGGUCAUGUGAAGUUGCAUUAUUAUUUUAUUCAUUAAAGAUUUUGUAUCCAAAAAAUUUCUAUUUGAAUAGAGGUAAUCAUGAGACUGAUAAUAUGAAUAAAAUUUACGGCUUUGAAGAUGAAUGUAAAUAUAAAUAUUCCAAACGUAUAUUUGAUUUGUUUUCUCAAAGUUUCGAAGCAUUACCUCUAGCUACGGUUAUUAAUAAUGAUUAUCUGGUAAUGCAUGGUGGUUUGCCAAGUAAUAUUGAUUCUACUCUGGAGGAUAUUAAAAAAAUUGAUAGAUUCGCUCAACCUCCAAGAGAAGGGCUAUUUAUGGAAUUAUUGUGGUCUGAUCCACAAAUUACUGACGGAUUUGGCCCAUCUCAACGUGGGUUGGGUUUUGCAUUUGGUCCAGACAUUACUGCUGAUUAUUUGAAAAGAAAUAAAUUACGUAAGAUCUUUAGAUCUCAUGAAGUACGUAUGGGGGGUGUUCAAUUUGAGCACAACGAUAAAUUAGUAACAGUUUUCAGUGCUCCUCAUUAUUGUGAUUCACAAGGUAACUUGGGUGGUAUUAUUCAUGUUGUACCAAAAAAUGGUAUACUAUUACAAAAUGGUAACGAUGAUGAAAAUCUGAUCGUCGAAACCUUUGGUGCUUCCAAACAUCCAGAUAUUAAACCAAUGGCUUAUUCGAACGGUGGCCUUGGCUUCUAA